CACACAGAGCGCGUAGCAGGACAGGGCCACCACCAGCGUGUCACCACGCGGUGACCCGUCCCGCGCUCAUUACCCCCCCCCCACCUGAGGGGGUAAUUAACCAAUUAACGCUAAUCACACGGGCCCUAUAAGCGCCGGCUGCGGGGCGGCCCCGCUGUCUGUGGGGUUCCCUCGGGGCCGACGCUCGCGCCGCUGCUUUGGGCCGUGCCACCCCCCACCCCUCGCCAUGUCCUUCACGGACAGCACCGACAGCGGCUCCGACAGACCCGUGUCCGUCCUUUGGGGGUGCGAGCUGAGCAGCGCGAGGAGCUCCUGCACCUUCCGCGUGAGCGAGGAGUGGCGCUGCGAGCAGCAGCUGGUCCUGCGCACGGUGUGCCUGGGGGAGGCGGCGCGGGAUGAGUUCCACGUGCUGGAGGUGGUGGCCGAGGACGGCGAGAGCCGCGCCCCGGUGCCGCUGGCCACGCUCAAACCCUCGGUGCUGCCCUCGGCCUCGCUGGCCGGAGUGGAGCUGACCCCGCCAGUGACCUUCCGCCUGCGGGCCGGCUCCGGGCCCGUCUACGUCAGCGGCCAGCACGUGUCCAUCAUGGACCUGAGCUCGGAUGAGGAGGAGGAGGAGGAGGAAGAGGAAGCAGCAGAGGAGCCCCCCAAGAAGCCCCCCAAGGGCUCAGGUGCCCAGAAGGGCGGCGCUGCCAAGAAAAGGAAGCGGGAAAAGGAGGAGGAGCUGAACAGCCUCGCCCCCGAGGGUCCCCCUCCCGCCAAGGGACGCGGAGCCGGCCGGGGCAGGAAAGCAGCACCAAAGAAAUGACGGGAAUUCCAUCCAGGUGCCUGGAAGCAGCAGCUGGUGGUGUGGUGGUGGUCUCGAUCCCAAAAUAAAGCACAUUUUGCA